AUGUGGGUGGAAAUAUAUGAGCGCGGCGAGCGAAUGUUCGCCAACCUCGGUACGGGUCAGUGCCAGUGGGAAGCCCCCAUUGGAGAGCCGAUAAAACAGGCGAACUUGUCUCAAUGGUGGGAGCUCUUUGAUCAUUCAACUGGCCGGUUCUAUUAUUACAACGCGUUCAAAAUGACGACAGUUUGGCACAGGCCCCUUGACGCGGAUAUCAUCCCUCUCGCUAGAUUCCAGCAGCGUCAACGAAGAGCUCGCCAGGAUUCCGAAAUCUCCAAUGCCAAGAGCACAACGAGCACAAAUAACGACGCGGCUUCAACAGCGUCGAAUAAUACAAGCACUCGUCAGCUUUUGAAUACCUCGAGCGCAGGACACUCGAUGAGCUCCAGAGAAGAUUUAAUAGAGGAAAUGAACGAGGAAGAAGCAGAAAAUGAAGAUCACACUUCUCAAAGUACAAUUGCAAAAAGUGGAAGUACAACACCAAGAAGAACUCCCGGUGUUGGAGCAGAAUCUUCGCCAGAAUCGUCGCCAGAAAAAUCAGCUUUGAACAACUCAAGAUUAAUUUCUCGAGAAAAGUCUAAAUCCGUCGCGACUCCAACAAAAUCUCCUGCAUCGAAAAACAUUCGAAGAAGCCUCUCAACAUCGUCAGCGAAAGGACCAAAGUCAACUUUUGGCGAGACAUGCGCUGGCGCAUUUCAAUUAAAUCGAGGCUUCAUGAAAAAGCCAAUGGCGGUUUCUGAAUUGCUGACUUUUCAGAAGAAGCCUCUGAAAAGACCGCUUACAAAUGGAUCAUCGAAGGUGUUGAUGAAGGAGUUUGGAGAGUGCUUUAGGCUUGUGAAUAAUUAUUUGGAUGGAGAGAAAGCUGAUGAUCUUGUGAGCUUGAUUUCUCUUGGCUGGAAUCACUCAGAACUCGCGAACGAGAUUUAUCCGAUCAUUAUCAAACAGAGCCGAGAUAAUCCUGCUGAUGAAUGUCUUCCAAAACUUCUUGAGCUAUCAGCAAUCUGCCUUUACUUCUUCGCUCCGUCAAACGAGAACGUUCAAAAGUUAAUAAGAGAGUGGCUCAGUCUUCAUGAACGUACUCAUAAACCUAUUUAUCAAAGCUGUUUAUCAAGAUUAAAGAAGGUCGUCGAAAAGGGCAACAGAAGAGGUUUGAUCGACCCAGGCGAGCCGGAGAUCUUGUUGGCAAAGCGGCAUAUUUAUCAAAAAAGCAUGUUCGGCACUACCCUCGAAGAAAUACUCGCCACACAAAAAGACUCAUUCCCAGAGCUAGAAAUUCCGUGGAUUCAACGAGAACUCACUUCAGAAAUAAUUCGCCUUGGAGGACUUUCAGCAGAGGGCAUAUUUCGUUUACCUGGAGAAAUCGACCGAGUGAAUGCUCUUCGAGUUGAUGUGGAAGACUAUCAUGUGCGGAAUUCUGACGAUGCUCAUGUGGCUUGCUCACUUUUAAAACUAUGGCUACGGGAAAUGGCUGAGCCUAUCUUUCCGAUGGAACUUACGGAGGAGAUCCUCGACACUUCGGAAGACAAGGAGGAGUCAUUGAAGAUCAUUUCUAAGCUUUCAGAUGUGACAAAAUCUUGUCUUACUCAUCUGAUAAGAUUUCUGCAAGUUUUCGCAAAAGAAGAGGUAAAUCAAAAGACGAGAAUGGAUUCGGCGAAUUUGGCGAUGGUCAUGGCUCCGAAUCUUUUUCGUCCAAUGUCGGACGACCCUCGGCUCUUACUUGAUAACAGCCGGCGAGAAAUUAACUUUCUACGUAAUUUAAUCGACGGCAUGGAUACCUCAUCAGCUGCAGAAUACGACAGUUGCUUCACUGUAGAAAAAGUGUAG